CAAAACUACAUUUACUAAUUUUCAACAUGGCGACCAACGGCACCUAGCAUUUUGUGCCCGACAUACUGUAUAUGAAAUACUGACUAGCUUGAAAUCUGGUCCCGCUGGGAGGCGUUUGUUUCUUCCUAAGUACUAUUUCGAUACACACGUUAACGUAUUUUGAUCAUUUAUUUGGAGAUGUAUCGUCGCGGGACUGCAAAGAAGGACACAAACAACAAACCGGCGAAGGAUGCGAGUGACAGUGAAAAAUACGCCGAUCUUUUGGUAUUUGGCUACGCCUGUAAAGUGUUCCGAGACGACGAAAGGGCUCUUUACCACGAACAUGGAAAGCAUCUUAUCCCAUGGAUGGGGGACAAGAGCAUCAUGAUUGAUAGAUACGAUGGGCGUGGUCACUUACACGACCUUUCAGAGUAUGACAGUGGGUCAUGGAACACAUCCUACCAGCUGUCGGAAGAAGAGGCCAGAAUCGAGGCACUCUGCGACGAAGAAAGAUAUCUGGCCUUUCACGCUGAUCUGCUGGAAGAAGAGGCGAGACAAGAGGAGGAGUACAAACGCCUGAGUGAAGCUCUCGCCGACGAAGGCACCUAUAAUGCCGUGGCCUUCAAGUACACCGCGGAAUACUACGACCCCUCGCAGCCUACAGAGGAAGAAGACGCGAGCAAGCGCACUGAAGAGCCGGAGCCUGAAGAAAGCGAAGAACCAUUUGUUGCUCCCCCAGGACUUGAGAUCCCCCCUGAUGUAGAACUACCGGCAACCAUCAAGACUCAUAACAUAAUGGAGCGGACAGCCACCUUCGUAUGUCAGCAGGGUGCUCAGUUUGAGAUUGUGCUGAAAGCCAAGCAGGCCGGUAACUCCCAGUUUGACUUUCUUCGUUUUGACCAUUACUUGAACCCUUAUUACAAACACAUCCUGAAGGCCAUGAAGGAAGGUCGUUACAACGUGGCCUCUGCAAAUAAACAAGAGAAACCAGAAGAAUCCAAUUCGGAUGAUUCUGAUGACGAUGGGGAUGGCAACUACCUUCAUCCAAGUUUGUUUGCACCUAAAAAAUGCUCGCGACUGGAGGAGCUGGUGAAGCCACUCCAAGUGAUGGACCCAGACCAUCCCCUUGCAGCAUUGGUGCGAAAAGCCAAAGGGGAAAGAAAUGGCAUGGCCGCAGUCCAAACCGGUGCUGUGGAAGCAUCAGAUCCCGCCGUGACCACCACAGUAACGCAGUACACAGCUGACCCAAAUGCAUCCGCUGUGUACUAUGGCUAUUACAUGCUUCCCGAUGGAACAUACUGCGUCGCGCCACCUCCCCCGGGAGUGGAUGCCAGUACUUACUACAGCAGUGUACCCUCAUCCGGGAUGACUCCCACGACGGCUUCUGGAGCUUUUCCACUUUCAGCGACAUCCACUAUCUCUGAUCACAUUGCCACAGCAUCACAAGCUGCUGACCAUUCUCAGGUCACCGCCGCUGUUACCGUUGCAGGAAUCAGCAAUUUCAAGGGUGACGCAGCUGUUGCCACGGCGGCGGCAGCGCCUGCUAUAAUCCCCCCUCCGCUGGACAUCCAGGCAGUCAUAGACAAGCUGGCAGAGUACGUCGUCAGGAACGGGCUCAAAUUCGAAGCCAGUGUCCGUGCCAAGAACGAUCCACGGUUUGACUUUCUGCAGCCUUGGCAUCAGUACAACACCUAUUAUGAAUAUAAGAAGAAUUACUUCAUGCAGAAAGAGGGAAAAGGCUUGGCAGAGAUGGCUGAAGGUGGGAACCUUCAUCUGGAUGAAUCUGGCAGUGAUUCCAAAACCAACAAAGCAUCUUUUGCACCAAUUUGUUUUGCCAUCAAGCCAAAGGAAAACGAAAUGCUGCCACUGGAGAAAAACCGAGUUAGGUUGGAUGACGACUCGGAUGAGGACAAGCAGUUGCUUGAAAGUGAGAGGCUCCAAGCAGUGGAGGCUGAUGGUGCAGAAGUGGUUGAAAAAGAGCCUCCACCAGUCAGUGCACCGGAAGAGAAGAGACCAUGUCUCAGUUUGCAAGAACUGGAGGCAAAACAAGCCAAACAGAAACUGGAGGAUCGUCUAGCAGCCGCAGCCAGAGAGAAGCUGGCGCAGGCAUCCAAAGAGUCCAAAGAGAAACAGCUACAGGCGGAGAGGAAGAGGAAGGCAGCGCUAUUCCUCCAAACUCUCCGCAACCCAUUAACGGGGGAGCCAGAGGCCAAGAGAGCCGAACUAGACUUAUCCACACAGCUUGAGAUGCAAGAGGCCCUUUCUGUUCUGUCUGAUCUACCGCUGUCGCAAACGUCCUCUGCAACACCUGCGUAUCUUCAGGACGGAAGGUCCCAGACCGAGACCCGAGGAGGCCGUCGCAGCAGGGAGGCACCAUCGUCCUCAUCGCACUACUCCCCAUCCCGAGCCGCAGACAGAGACUCAAAAAAGGGCCGACACCGAGACGGCGAUCGGGAGAGACGCAGAGAUCGAGAGCGUGAGAAGGACAGAAAUAGAGACAAGGAAAGGGAAAAAGACAAAAAGAAGAAAAAACACAGAAGGCGGUCACGGUCGAGAUCCACAUCAAGGCCAAAGAGCAAACAUGCGCUUUCCAGUGCCCGUAGGAGGUCGCACCGGUCACGAUCCCGCUCGCACUCUCCGAGUAGAAGGAGCCGGGAGUGUCCAUCACCAAAACGGAGACGUGACGUCAAGCAUCGCGGUUCCCACCAUCACAGCAGCACCUCCAGCCUGGCCAGGGAACAUUCGACAUCCAGGUCUCCUCUCGUCAAAAGCAAGAGCUCCGUGUCCUCGGGAACCAAGGAGACGGCCGCUUCCUCUGUUUCCCCUUACCCAUCGCCCAGUCGUGCUUUGUCGCCGUCAUCAAGCCCCGCCUCCAGCUUGGCCCAGUCCAGGGGUGCUUCUCAGGAGAAAGAGCCUGUGUCCUCUUCCAUCGUAUCUGCGGUUCAGUCCAGAAUUACUCAGGAUCUAAUGGCCAAAGUGCGUGCCAUGCUCGCCUCGUCAAAGGUUUUCCAGCCUCCCACUUCCUGAAGACAUCGUGGCGCUCUGCUUAGGGAUCGCACUCAAUUUCAAGGAGAUUAUUCAGCUGGAGUCUCUUUUGAGCUCCUUUUGUUUGUCGAUGGUUUAUCUUUGAGAGUCAGAUUGCCUCAAGUCUCACCCGCUUAAGAAUGAAAUCUCUUCUUUGACCGCCUACCUAAGUAAGUGGCUCAGCCGUCGAUGAUGGGUCGUGUCCAUUUGCCCCCCCUCCCAUAUCAACUACACUCAUACUUUUGGUUUUACAAGUUUCUAAUGUUUGGAACUUGCAGAAACUGUGAUGCUCCUUCUGUGAAGGAUAUUCAGUAUUCACAUCGGUCACCUUCUACUUUUAACCUCCACAAUGCACCUUUCAAAAUACAUUUUAAUUUUAUACUUGACCUCAGCGCUUGUGUGGCCUUGUAUUUCCCUUCCUGAUCGAAACUUUCAAUAAAUUUGACUUCCUAAUUUUGUCACGGA